AUGGCUGACCUGGCGUUAACAUAUGUAGAUCAAGGGUGGUGGAAAGAGGCUGAAGAGCUGCAAGUGCACAUCAAGGACAUGACUGAGUUUAAUGGGGCUGGAUUUAGACGAGGACACGAAACGAAUUGGUGCGGAGAGCUGCUACAGGAAUUUGCACGAGAUGCUCCCUUCAAGUUGUAA